CACGUCGAGACUCUCUAGCUGAGCCACCAAAACCUAGCGCUCUCCUUAAUCCAUCCACCAUGAAAAGGCCUUCUUCAAUCUCUGGAGAAGAAACAAAAUACUUUGAUCGGAUCCCUGUUGAUCUCGUCAUCAGUAAUAUCUUGUCGAGAUUGCCGGUGAAGUCUAAAGCUCAGUGUCGUUGCGUAUCCAAGCUCUGGUCGUCCAUAAUUCGCCGUCCAAAUUACGACCAGUUGUUCCCGAUCAAGACCCCAGCUCCACCACGGAUCCUUUUCACCAUCGACGUUUCAGGAGAGUGUUUCUUCUAUUCUUCACCUCAGCCUCACAAUCCGGAUCAGAACUCGUCUCUUGUAGCCACCCUUCAUAAUAGGACUGGUAACACCAAGUUCUAUAAGAUAUGUGGUCCUGUCUGCGGACUGGUGUGUCGUCAGUACAAUUCAGUGGGGUUGAUUUAUAAUCCCAUCACAGGAGAGUCUUUAAACUUGCCCAAACUGAGUUUAAAUGGGAUUGAUCAGUCAGAGUGGUUAUUUGAUAAAGCAAGAUAUUCGUUUGGGUAUGAUCCAAUCGACAAACAGUUCAAAGUGUUGUGUAUCACCUGGAUGCGUACUGGCUCACAACAUUUGUCAGAUGAGUAUCAAGUUCUCACAUUAGGGACUGGAUAUAAUAAUCUCUUAUGGAGAAAGAUCCAAUGUUGCAAAAUUCAUUUUUCUUCAGACGAUACUGCGAUAUGCAUCGAUGGUGUUUUGCAUUAUCCAGCAGAGAUCUAUAAGGGAAAACGUACCAUCGUUUGCUUUGAUGUUAGGUCUGAGAAGUUUAGUUUUACUAACAUUGAUCGAGACAUGGCAGUAAAGAUAAAAUCUGGCACUUUAACUUUGAUCGACUACAAGGGUAAAUUAGGUGCUUGUAGUUUUGAGUUUGACACUAAUCUUUUGGAGUUGUGGGUUUUGGAGGAUGCCAAGCAAAAUAAAUGGUCAAAGCAUAUCCACGGAAUAUCUCAUCCGUGGCUCGAGGAAACUAGUCAUGUCCGUCCUGCUGGAAUGUUUGGUAGUUGCCAACUUGUGUUAUACCCAAGCUUUACACAAGAUCCUUUCUUCGUUUUGUACUACAAUCUCGAGAGCAACAUUACCACCGGUGUAAAACUUGAAGCUCCACUAUUUAAAAAGUUUCAUGGGUGUAGGAUUCAAGCUUUUCCAAACUAUGUAGAGGAUGUCAAGCUUAUGUAAGUGUUCACUUCUUCCAAACCGAAUUUAUCACAUUAUCUAUCUUUGUCAUUUUUUUCUUUCUUUUCUGUCUUUUGGAGUUAUUAUUUCUCUGUUUAGUUAUAUAAUUUAAAACAUUUGUUUUCUCUGUUCUGCCUUUUACUCUAAUUUCCCAAUGAAGCUAUAAAAUCCAAUUCUCUUGUUCAAGGGAUAAAUGGGAUAAA